UGUAAAAAAUAUAGAAGAGCCUUGAUAAUGACAGAAGGCAUGAAUGCAAGUAAAGGUGUUGGACAUCAUCAUAAAGAUUUGCACUUCGAUCAGAUCCGUGAUAUUCAACUAAUCGUCGACAAUCUCCUCUUUGGAUCGGUUUUUCUCAGACAACCUCGAGGUGUCUCUGAAGGCGCUGUCCCUAAGAAGCCUAGUGAUGUUCCGAGUUUAGAAGAAGUUUCACAGCAAAUCGAUGGAACAAUCACGCACAUGCAUAGUUUGUCAGGCCGACUUAAUGAACUUUUGGAGAAUAAGGACAAUGAAUGCUUUGAAGAUCAAAUCGAUGAAUACUUAAGAGAGUUAGAAGAUUCUGAACGAACCUUGGCUGCAUUAAAACCAAUGCUUAAUCAAGAGAAUCUUACAGAAGGAGAAAUAGGAAAAUCGGAUGUUUCUUGGCUUUCGUGGAGACGAAACACACUGGGAGCAAAAUUACAUAGAGAAAGCAAUGAGCUACAUUCUCUAAUAGAGGGCAGUGAAAAUGGUGACAAUAUUGAAAAGACCGCAAAAAAUAGAUUGAAGACUGCCGAAGGGCUGCUAAAGACGGCAGAUAGUUUGCAAAGGAGCGCUCAGUACCUUUCCUGGUUCACAACCCGUGUAAUGGAAUACAAUGAGACGCUACCUGAGAUUGAGAAAGAUUUUACUUGCUCAUUAGUAGCUCAAUGGGUCCAAGAAGAGGUGAACAAAGUACAAGAACAUCACAAAAAUUGCAAGAAUUUUUGUUCUGAAUUGGCAAGUAAGACGGAAAAAUGA